AUGGAGGGUCUAUACCCCGACUACCUGCCAGGAUUCCCAGUUCCAGAUUUACAGGAGGACGGCUUCAGCAGGGAAUUUCUAGCCUACAAUGGGAUCAUUUCGGAUUUUACAGCCUCUUCCUAUAACAUGUGCGGCAGCGACGACAUCCAGGGUUCCAGUGUCUCCAGACGCAGCAGCAGCGAGUCUGAGCGAGGAAGUGACCCCAGGAGAGCCGAGCUUCCCAGAGCCCGAGUCCGGACCGUGUUUAGCGAGCAGCAGAAAAGAAUUUUAAUGGAAAGCUUUCAAAGGCAGAAGUAUAUUUCUCCCCAGGAACGGGCAGAGAUCGCCAACAACUUGGGACUUACUUGUAAACAGGUGAAAACAUGGUAUCAGAAUAGAAGGAUGAAGGUUAAACGCAGACAAGGUAUCCAACCCCCAGCAACCUCAUGGAAUCAAUCAACUUUCAGUCCCAUUUCUUCACAGACCCUCUCCCUGACCCCAGGGCUAACACCUGGACUGAAGGAGCCCCAUUUUAACAGAUACCAGCAGCAGACCAUGCCCUUCAGACAGCACCGAACCUCCAUGGAACAACCGAUUAUGGAAGUUCUUCAGUCUUCUCAGUUUAAUGGAGAUCCUCAAUAUCCAUCUACUUCUUCAUACCUCCAGAGCUUUCCACCAACAAACUGCCCAGAUCCAGAUGUUGGUGGCUUUCACAAGGAACACCUUGUGAUCCCAGGUGCCCAGUCUUUGAGCUUCAGAAAUCAGAUUCCAAGAUCAGGAAUGGGAUUGCCAGCUGUCAAAAUUCCCCAAUCUCCAUCAAUCACAGAGGAUAUCCAGUACGUCGCUACCUCGGCCAGUUUCCCUUCACCGGAAGUUGGCCACAUUUCACCUUCAUUUAACAUGGAGAACUUUGGGAGAGAUGUGCUUGUUUCCAGUCAGGACAGCCAAAUACAUCUGAAUAACUGGAGCCCAGUGCAAAGUGAUGGGAUCUCUCCAGUUAAUCUAGCACUUGCACCGGUCUUCGAUGGAUAUGGAAUGCAACAGCCUGGAUCAGCGACUCUGUUCAGUGAAAUCUAUCCUGUCAAUUUGUUUGGUGCUCUAUAA